AUGAAGAUGGAAAUUAAAAGUAUCUAUGUUCAAUAUUACAAUGAUCUUGAUGAAUUAGUGAAAAAACAUUUCGAAUUAGAUACUCUUAUAUAUGUUGAAGCUCAAAAUUUUCAUAAAACUUUAGUAAACCAAGCAGAUUUUUAUCUAUGUAAUCUUGAAUAUGGAACAGCUGGAAAAACAUCUGUUGGAGAAACAAUUGCAAAUCAAUAUAGUUAUGAGUUUAUUGAUUCUGGGUUAUUUUAUCAAUAUGUUGGUUAUUACCAUUAUGAUGACCCAAUUGACCAAAUCAAACAAAUUCUCAAUGAAGAAAAAGUGUUAGAAUUAAUUAAUUCUAUCAAACAUCUUGAUGAAGAAGAGUACAAAGUAUCAGGAUUACAUGCAGCAGAAGUAUCAAUAAACAACAAAUUACACAAUUUAAUAAAUGAAACUAUCAGAAAAAUUGUCAAAAAUAAAGGAUUUGUUGUAGUUGGAUGUGAUAUUACAACUCUCUGUUUACCCGAUGCUGAAGUAAAAAUUUUAUUAUCAGCUGAAUUAGAGACACAUGCAUUAUCUUAUUCAUUGAUUAAACAAGCAUACAAUGUUUCAUAUGAGAUUGAUACAACCAAAUUAACAUUAUCAGAAGUUGUCGACACUAUUUUGAUUCAGAUAAAUAAAGAAUUGUCAAACGUAUACAAAGCUAAUUUGAUUUUUGAUAAAAAUCAAGAUCUUUCAAAAUAUGUUUUCGAAACCAGUUUGGAUAAAAUUUGUUCCAAUGAUCUGAGAGAAAAAUCACUUUUCCUGAUAAGACUUAAAGAAUUUUAUCAACUUAAAUGUGAUAUAAUGUCAGAAAUUGAAUUUAAUUGUACUGCAGUACGUGAUAGAAAUGAUCCAAAUUUUGAAAGAGCACAAAAUUGUAAAGAAAAGAUUUUACGAGGCCCUAAAUAUAGUGCACAACAAGAUCGUGACUAUGUAAUUGAUGCAUAUUUCAAACAUCUAGCUGAACUUGAAUUAAGAGUUAAAGUAAAUAGUAAAAUGGCACCAAUACGCAAAUCUCUUAAUUAUUAUACUGAGAAAGUACAAUAUGAUCAAGUUGAAAUUCGACGAAAACCUAGAGUGACCAAACAUUUUUGUGAGAAAUGUAACUAUUUUCAUUUACAAAAACGAUGUAAUAGUUGUGAGAACAAAACAACAAUCCUGGAACCAAAAUUUGUCUUAUAUUAUUGUGAAAAGUGUAAUGAAUUCUCUUCUGAAAAAGAAUGUUUUAUAUGUGAAAAUGAGUUAAUGAAACCAGAAGAUUUUGAUUCUGAGACACUAACAGAUUCUUCAACAAAAAAUUUUAUCGAACGUGACAAAUAUAAAUAUAUACAAAAUCAGAAUGGCACUGUUCUUAAUAACCAACUUUAUUUUAGUGACAAUGAAUUGAUGAUGGAUGAUUCAUCAGAUUCUUCUGUUCUAUCUAAAGAAUACCAAGAAGCAAAGGAUUCAUACUCUUCUGCAGAAGAGUUUAACUCGACAUAUUAUAUAUGGCUUAACAAUAUUGAGGCUAUGCAUCUUACUGGGAUUUCAAUUUAUAAUAAGAAUAAAAUACUUACUGAAAUUAAAGCUAAAAUUACAGCUAAUAAUAAUCUGAUGCGUAUUUACAAGGAAAUUAUUGAUAAGCAUGAGAACCAACAUCUUUACUUCUCUUUAUAUAUAUUGGUUAAUUCUGAAAGAAAAAUCUGGAUGAGUAAUAGAAAUAAUCCUGCUAAAGAUUAUUAUGGCUAUUACCAAGUUGCUAGAGGCUUAGUUGAUACUGGUGAAUCAUUUGACGAAUAUGCUAAACGCAAAGUAUUAGAAGAAACCAAAUUAGUUUUAGAUGAAAUUGAAUUUAUUACUUUUGAUAAAAGCUUUCGUCUUUUCCCUAACAAGAAUAAGGAGAUCAUGUACAAAACUGCGAUUUACCUUGCUAUAACUGAUGAACAGCCUGAAUUAACUGAACCUGACAUAAAUAGUUCUUGGGAAGCUUAUACGAUCAACCAAUUUAGAACCAUGAAAGUCACAGACUCAUUACAUUUUAAGGAAGCAGAAAUUCUCGAAACUAUAUCUCACAAAUUUAGAAAUCGUCAUGUUCCAAAGAAAUGCAAAAUUAAUAACGAAGUUACUGAGACUUCUGAAACUAAAUUAAAACACAAUUCUACUACAUCUUUCCCAUCUUCUCAAAUUGCCGAAGCUAAUGGAUUAUUAGCUAAUAAGAUUAAAAAAACUGAGACUCCUAUAAAUGUAGCGUUUGUAAGAAUUUUUGAAUCAGCAAUUUCAAGAUUUUCUUCAGAUUCUCUCAGCAUCAUUGUAUAUAAUAGUGAAAAACUAAACGAAAAAUUUGCAACUCCUAAAGCUAUAAACUGGACUUCUACUUCUAAGAAGAAUAUUAAAAUUUGUAGCGAGAAAGAAUUUGUAAAGAUUAUCAAAAACUUUUUUAAUUUUGAUGAUGAUGACCAUAUUGAAUUAAUCGAUUACAAGGCAGAUAGUUUUGAUAUAAUUAAAUUAUUAGAUGAAAAUGUAUCAAUAGGCAAGAUUGUUAUUAGAAGAAAUAAAUAUGUAAAUAAAUUUACCUCUUACUAG